AUGGCUAGUACCGAUUCCUCCAUCCAAUCCGUCUACGACGGCGCCGACCUCGGCGAGGUCCUCACCACGGCCAACCAAAUCAUCCCCGGCGAUUUCGCAAGCUACGCCAGCUCCUUCUCCAGUCUCGCGUACAGUGUUCUCGACCGCGCAAAGAGCAUCGCAAAGGCAAAGUUCCCUGUCUCCGCACGUAGCGCCUUCUUCGCGGCGGCGACGUACUUUCGCAGCGCGGACUUUUACCUCCAUGAGGACGCGUCCGAUUCCCGCAUCUACGAGCUUUGGGGAAACCAGACUGCCGCAUUCGACGAGGGCCUCGCGCUGUUGACGGUGCCAAAUCAGCGCGUGACGAUUGAAACGGCUGGCUUUGAUAUCCCUGGUAUUUGGUUCACGCCCGACGACGAGGAGAAGCAGCGCCCGACAAUCAUCAUGGUGAUCACGCUCAUCGUGGACUGGCUCCUCGAGAAACCCAAAGUCGUCGAUCCGGACUCUAUCGGUCUCCUCGGAUUCUCAUUCGGAGGCUACCUCGUACCCCGAUCCGCAGCUUUUGAACACCGCCUAGCCGCCAUCUUCGCCGUCGACGGAGUCUGGGACUGGCCGGUCGUCGUAAACGCCGCUUUGGGCACUGAAUUCACGGCCAUCCACGACUUGGGGGAUAAAGAGGCCUUUGACGAGUAUACGAAGCGGUUCCUCCAGCCUAGCGUUCCUACUCCGCUGCGAUGGGGUCUCGGACACGGCAUGUGGGCGUUCAACACGGAGUCCGCGUACGGCUUUGUGACGUUGUCUCUGGAUUAUCGCAUGGAACCCGUGGUGGACAAGGUCCGGACACCCGUUUUUAUUGGCGAUGCGCAGAAUGAUCUGUUCUUCAAGGGUCAGGCGGCUGUUCUCGCGGAGGCGUUGGGUGACUGGGCGUACUUGCAUCACUUCACGGAAGAGAAUGGGAUCGGCGAGCAUUGUGGUAUUGGGGCCUUCAAACAGCACAACCAGGUGAUUUUCGAUUGGUUCCAAGAUCUCUUGGACUUGAAGAAUAUCCAAUAG